AUGAUUGACAAUAAUACUUGCUUUGUAAUGUCGAUGAUGUUUUUCCAUACGCUGUACAGUUGUUGUUUAGCCAUUCUUGGACAAUACAUCUAUCGAUAUUUCUUGGCAAACUAUCCAAAUGAUGAUUCACAUGCUUGGAUAAAUAUUACUUCAUUAGAGAGUCAUAUAUAUGAAUCAAAUCAAGGAACAUGUAUGCAAAAUACAAGUACGGAGAAUACGACUAGUGCAGCAGAGGUAUGGGCACAACAGCGUUCGGCGGAUUUGAUAUUUCAAUCGACAUUAUGGAGAGCAUUUCCGGUGAUAAUCGUCACGUAUUUGUUCGGUCUGUACGCAUCACGAUUAAAUCGACGAUUAGUUUUGUUUUUAUCACUAUUCGGUGGUGCAUUGCACGUUGUUAUUUAUCAAGCAAUUAUUUAUAGAAAUUUACCAGAAUAUUGGUGGUAUAUAUCAUCAUUUAUUGUUGGUAUAGCCGGUGGAACGAAUGUCGUUGGCAUUAUACUCAAUUUAAUUAUUACGGAAAUUACAGAAGAUAAUGAACGGUCAUCACGUUUUGUUGGUAUUGGUGCUAUUUUCACAGCUAUAUCCGCUGCUGCGACAUUCGGUAUUGGUUACUAUAUUCAAUGGCGUGGGUACACUGACAUAUUGUGGAUGGCUAUCGGAUUUGAAGUACUUUGCAUAUUUACCAUUUUAUUUCUUCCAAAAUCUACUCAUUCAACAUCAUCACCACCGAUAGUUGAUGAAACGACAUCUCUUCUAACUUCAAGCAGUGUCGAUUUCAAUAUAAAGACAAUUUCACCGAACAAGUGCUCUCAAUAUUUCGAUAUGUGCAUGAUAUUUAGUUUUCGACGACAUCCACCAAAAAAGGCGAUUAGUCUGAUGAUUAUCAUUGUUUCGUAUAUAUUUCAUGCAUUGGCAUCGUCAUCGUUAGCUCCCAUGCUUUGGUAUCUCCUCGGACCACCAUUCUGUUGGACGUCGAAAGAUCUUGGCUACUUUUCAGCUAUCUCACAGAUUGUUAUUGCCGUUUUUAGUGUGCUAGGAAUGAAGAUCCUAAAUGUUCUCGGUGCUAAUGAUCCCCUUAUAUGUGCUUUCGGACAUGUUUCUUUCUUCGUUUAUGCAUUGAUAAUUGCUCUGUCAAAAAACACCUGGCAUUUAUGUUUAUCUCUAUUAGUUCUUCCAUUUUCAAUCUAUCAGAGCUCGUUAACCAUCUCAAUGUUAUCGAAAUUAUUAGAAGUACAUGAACGGCAUAAUGUCUUUACACUAUUGACAGAAAUCAAUACAAUUAUCGUCUGUUUUGGAAGUUCAUUCUUCAAUUGGCUGUAUGCACGAACUGUAACUUAUGAAAAAAAUUUCACACUACUGGUUGGCUGUGGACUUUGCGUUGUUCCAUUCAUACUGAACAUAUAUCUGUACAUAAUCAAUCGACGAACGGACAGCGAAGAAAGAUUAUCUGUUGCAGAACAUGUCAAUGUAAAUUCCUUGACACUUUCUCUAUCGAAUAAUGUGUUAACUCAAGAUGCUGAUCUGCCUGGUUCAUUUCUUUCAUCUGUCUCACUGAACAAUUCUCAUUGUCUUUCGCACAAUCAAAAUGAAAUAACUACGCGUGCUAAUUCAAAUUCUUCAAUCAACGAACGACAUGCUUUUGCAUGA